CCCCACUUCUCCGCUGUCAUUAUGAGGAUCCAAAGGUCAAUUGGUCUGGGGGCUGCGUUACUGGUGCGUGUCAGUCUUGCUCAGACAUUUCAGCGCCUUGGGACCUGUCCAACUCUCGGAUGCGUGUUUCCACCAGACCAAACCGACUUCUUAGCCGGCCAGUACUUCGACAUUCGUCUUGAAGUCCACGCACCAAUCAAUGGCUCCGAGGCAAACGGAAAGCAACCGGAUGAGAAGUUUACCUUUACAAUUGCCAAAAAGAACGAAAAGGCUGUGCCGGCGACAGAAUACUUCAGCCUUUCGGAGCCCAAAUUGGAGCGCUGGAACUUCUCGUGGUACGAGGAUCUUUUUGCCAAAGAAGCCGGAAAGCCAUCGGUUGUCAAUGUCACGUCGAAGGCGUACCGAAAGGUAGCUCUCUACGAGCCUGGAGAAUACACUGCCACUCUCACAUAUAACAAUGGUAGCACUACCAAAGCAAGCUGGCUGGUGCGGGACCUGCAGGAAGUCCGCAAGGCCAAGAAUAUCAUCCUCUUCAUCGGGGAUGGAAUGACGACCAACAUGAUCACGGCUGCCCGUUUAAUCGCUCACAAGGCAGUCAACGGGCGUUACCAAACAAAGAUGCAGAUGGACCAAUUCCCCAUCUUAGGACACCAAAUGACUCACUCCAUCGACUCCUUCAUUACCGAUUCUGCCAACUCAGCUACGGCUCUUUACACAGGACACAAGAGCACUGUGAAUUGCCUUGGUGUUUACGCCGAUUCUAGCAAGGACCCAUUUGAUGACCCGAAAGUGGAAACUAUUGCUGAGAUGUUCUUCCGUCUUACCGGCGGCCACGUGGGCAUAGUCUCGACAGCGUUCAUUGCUGAUGCAACACCUGCGGCUUUAACCGCCCACACCCGAGACCGUGGCCAAUACGGUGCGGUCGUUGAUUCUUUCCUCAACGGAAUAACGAAUUACACGUGGACGAAUUGGACUGGACCCGAUGUUCUGUUUGGCGGUGGCGCUGAGCAAUUCUACGACCCGAAGCUUGGUGGAAAGACUUACUUGAAUAAGGACUAUUAUCAAGAAUUCUCAAAGAAGGGAUACCAAGUUCUCUGGAACAACACUGCGCUUUCGAAGGCCAGCAAUGACAGCAAGGCCCUCGGUAUCUUCACUGUGUCCAAUAUGGCCAAAUGGCUUGACAGGAAUGUCUACAAAACCAACCUCAACCAAUCGCUCUCGCCCUCAGGCGACAAGACCGCCGCCCUUGACCAGCCAGGCCUCAAAGAGAUGACUCUAAAAGCAAUCGAUAUCCUCGCCAAGCGAUCCGGAGACAAGGGCUUCUUCAUCAUGUCCGAAGCCGCCUCCAUCGACAAAAUGAUGCACGUCCUCGAUUACGACCGCGCACUCGGCGAGCUCCUCGAACUCGACGACACCAUCAAAGCCACCAUUGCCAAACUCAAAGCUAUCAACCAAUUCAAAGAAACCCUCAUUCUUGUCACCGCCGACCACGGCCACGGCUUCGACGUCAUGGGCUCCGUCGACACAAAAUAUCUCGCUGCCCAGAACGUCGACCGCAAGAAGCGCGAUGCUGUUGGAACGUACCAGAACUCUGGUCUGUCGCAAUACGCACACUCUGGAAAUUUGUCAUACACUGAAGGCGUGCACUUCCCCUCAAACUGGGAUCCUCGAUAUACUCUCUUCCAGGGCCUGAUGGCCGACCCCGAUCGCCGGGAAAAUUGGAGCGUGCAUAAGGGCGGACCACGUGUGCCCGCUGUUAACAUUACACCAUCUGCGGAUUUCUAUGCUAACCCUAAGGAUGGUGCCGGAGGAUUAUUGCUGAAUGGCACGCUUCCCGUAGGAGAUGACCAGGGUGUGCACAGCUUGACAGAUGUCCCCGUGUUUGCUAUGGGGCCUUGUCAAGAGCACUUCGGAGGUGUGUAUAAUAGCAUCGAUAUCUUCUUCGGGAUGGCGGAGUGUUUCGGAUUAGCGAGGAGGAAGGGGUAUGGUCAGUAGGACUCGCGGGGAUGGUGUGCGAUAUGCGAUGAAGUAAUGAGUUGC